GCAGAUCCAAGUGUUGUAAAUGAAAAGGGUCAUCGGGCCGUUAUGUACGCAAAAGAUCCUGAGAUUAUCACAUUGCUUACACAAGAAGAACAAAACUUUGCAUUAAAAAAGGCUAAAAGAGAACAUGAAUCCAGACGCUUAUUUCCUCUUGAGGACAGACUCCGAAAGGUAAUCGUGGGACAGGAGUCAGCGAUAAAAACCGUCAGCUCUGGUGAGACAUACAAAGCCAUACGUCGUAAAGAGAACGGCUGGUAUGACGAAGACCAUCCACUCGUCUUUCUUUUUCUUGGUUCUUCUGGAAUUGGUAAGACGGAGCUGGCUAAACAGGUUGCCGCAUACAUGCAGCAGGAUACCAAGAAGGGCUUCAUCCGCAUUGACAUGUCCGAGUACCAGGAAAAGCAUGAGGUGGUUUCGUCCAUAAUAAUUGAACCAGUCUCGAAGUUCAUCGGUUCUCCGCCCGGCUAUGUGGGCCAUGAACAUGGGGGUCAGUUGACUAAGGCGCUCUCCACCUGCCCGAAUGCAGUUGUUCUUUUUGACGAAUUGGAAAAAGCCCAUCCUGACGUAUUAACCGCGCUUCUGCAAGUCCUUGACGAAAGAACCUUCAGACUCCAGCUGUAA